AUGGAUCUAUUUUAUUAUCCGUUUUAUUUGUUGAUAUUUUUCAUAUUUGGUUAUUUUUUAUCAAGAAUUUUUCUAUGGCUGUUAAAUUAUUAUCUACGAUUGAAAUUUCAAAUCAAUCUUCAAGUGAAAUCCAUCAGAUUCAAUUCAUUACGAACAAUACAAUUGGCCUGUCCAUCAUUAGGCAUUAAUAUCAAUAUCGAACAUAUUGGUCUUUCGUCCAAAAUAUUCAAUUCUAAAUAUAAUUCAUUAUUUGUAUUGAAAUUUUCCGAUAUUCGUCUUGAAGGUGAUAUUGCUGCUGCAUUUUUAAAAUUACGUUCAGCUACUUUAUCAAUCAAUUCAGAUCAAGCUCAAUCAAAUGAUAUUACAUUUCGACAGGAUGAUGAAACCACUAUUCAACAAUUAUUACGAACAUUUUUCAUCAAUAAAUUAUCGAUUCUAGCCAAAAAAACAUUUUAUUUAGGUUCAAAUUAUGUAUCGUCAAAUUUUCAAGUUUCAUUACAUAAUAUUAGUCUUAUGCAAUUGGGAGUUCCAUCACGUGAUUAUCGUAUAAAUGAUUGUCUUCUUCAUUCGACCAUACAGUUGAUACAAUUUGGUUAUGCGAAAUCACAAAAUCAGAUCACAUUCCAAGUGGAUGGAUUUGCCAUCAAAAUGUUUAAAUCUCAAACAUCAAUUGUGAGCACAACGAAUGAAAAUGAUGGUGGCGGUAAAAAAUCUUACUUAUUCCAAUGUUCAUUUCCAUUUCGAUUUGUUUAUUCUCCUGGUGAUCGAUCUGCCGAAAUGUUCAUAUCAUCAUGUGAGAUUAUCGUAUAUGACCUAUUGAAAUUAGCCAAAAUGGCACCAAAACGUAUGAAUCGUAUCGAAAUGGGAAGUUUAUCAAAGGCCAAAAUUCUUGACAAACUAAUGAUGACUUUUAAUACCAUCCUAAAAGGAUCAUUAUUCAAAAGUGCUUCAUUCAAAUUAAUUUCGGCAACUGUUAAAUUGGUACGUGAAUCUGGAAAAAAAGAGCUAACAUUUUCGGUUGAACCUAUUGAAUUAUUUUUAAAUAAAGUGGAUAAUCAUCGGCUAGAAUCAGAUCUAUCGAUAGCCAAUUGUAUACUACAAGAUUCUGAAUCAAUCAUUGAUUUUUCGUUGAAUAAAUGUAAAACACUAUGCACCAUUGAAAGAGAUAAACUAACGGACAAGCUAUAUAUUCAGUUGAUUUUGGAAAUCCAUAAUUGUUCAUUCAUAAUCAACAUCGAUUAUUUGAUAAAUUUCUGGUUCCAAAACUAUUUUGUUCAAUUAUUUCACAAUGAUUUCAAUGGAAAAGUCAAUAAUCCUGUUGAUGAAUAUAGUCAUAAAGAAGUGGCGGCCAAAUAUAUUAAUAAAUUUGUCUUUCUUAUGGUCAUCCAUGAUAUAUCAUUAUCGUUGAAACAUUCAGAAAAUUUCGGUAUGGUUACUUAUGGCCUUAAACAUCUUAAGACAACUUGUGUUCGAAAUGUAGAUAUUUUCCGUGAAACAAGUGUCGAAUUGCUGCUUGAAACAUUCUGGUGUUGGAAUGGAAACAUUCAACUUAAACCAUUGAAUCCGAAUUCAUUGAAAAAAUACAAUGAAAAACAUGUACCAUUAUUCAUGUCAACAUUGUUACUCAAAUUCGGUAAUAUGAAUUCAUCAGAUCUUCGAAUCAAUUGUGUUAUGGAUGGUCUACAGGUUAGCCUCGAAUAUUUUCUGAAUACUUUGGAAAAUUUCAAUCUAGAAUCAUUGAAGAAUACGAUUUCGAUGAAAGAUGGUCAUAACAACAUUUCACCAACUUUCCAUUCACCAUAUAACCUUUUGGGACAAAUUAAUUUCACAUCUGUAAAUGUAUUUACAAGACAAUUAAUGAUGCGUAUCGAUUCUAUGGCUUGUGAUUUGAAUGGUGCUAAAAUAACAACCAGUAUUAAUGGAUUCGGUGUCAAUUCUAUGUACGCUCCUUCUGCAACGUUAGCUUGUUUGAAAGCAUCAGAAUUGGUUCAACAUCGAAUUGUUUAUUUUUCGGUUAUGCGAAUUAAUUUUUGUCAAGAUAAUGGUCAAGAUGUUGCCCUUAGUUUAACAGAAGAAAUAUUCAUUCAAUGGUGUCCGCUAUUUCAUGUUAAUGUUCUUGAACUUUGGGAAGAUUUUUAUCAUAUUUAUUUAAAUUUUAAACCCGAUAUUCAAUCUCAAUCUUUAUCUGUGACAGCCAACAAUGACGAUGAUCUUCAAAUCGAUACGAAACCAUAUAGUCUAAGUUUGAAACUUGAUGGAAAAAUUUGUCUCGGAAUUCUUCUUUCCGAUGAUGGUGAUACGAUGCGUUUUGAAACUGAAUAUUUUACCAUCGCAUAUCAAAACCAUAAUCAAUCGAUGACAAUCAAAUGUGAAUUGCUCAAUAUUUUCAUCAACGAUGUUCUCAAUUGUAAAGUGGAACAUCUGUUAAUCGGUCAUCUGGCAGCGGCUAAAAGCUAUCUGGAUCGUCGAUCAUUCAAACUAACUGAACAGGAACAAAAUGAUGCUAUUGAAAUUAAUGUCGACAAAGUGACAAUGAAAUUUCCAUAUCAAUUCAAUUUUGCUUAUUAUUUUAAUGAAAAAUUUCUUACCAUUGUUAAAUGGCUACGAUUAUUCCAUUCAAAACCAAAACAAUCACAGCCACAUUCUCCAUCGAUUGAUCAAAAGACGUUAUUAUCGCCAGAUUUUAUCAUAAAAAUUCAAUCAAUACUCAUGGAAUUGGGUGAUGAUCCAUUCGAAAUACGAUUGAAUAAUAACUAUGAAUUAAUGGAAGAUGAAUUUAAUGAAAGCCUUAAACGAUGGAAUAUAUUGAUGGAAAAAAUUAAUGAAAAAAGUUGUGGCCGUAAUAAUGCUGCUUUAUUGUUGACAGAUGAAUUAAGACGUGCAUUUGAUCGACAAAAUGCUAAAACCUAUGUUGAACGUUCGAAUAAAAUGUAUGAUGCAAAUCAAACCGUACAACGGACACAAUUGUUUACAAUUAAAAUGGAAAAUUUUCAAUUACAUCUAAUAGCAGAUUCAUCAUAUGAUUCGUAUGAGAAAAAAAUUCGACUAAUUAAACAAAUUGAUUUUCAUAGUCCAUUUCCGGAAGAUCUUCGUUUUUCCACCAUUUGGUGUCGACAAUUAUUUGCCAGUAUUGGUGUUUGUGUCAUAUCGUUACGUGAUUUUCCACAACCAAUGUUGAAUGCUAAAAAAUUAUAUUUCAAAGGCGUAUUACUUGGUGCCGAACAAGAAGCAAGUGCUCGUGCAAGACGAACAUGUGAAAUUGAUAUGGGACCGAAUUUUGCUAGAUUUAAAAUUGAACGUUCAAUGACCACAAUGAAAUUUUAUCAUGAUAUAAUUAGUAAUAUAUCGAGUAUGAUAUACACACAUGGUGCAUGUUGGGAACCAAUCCUACAACAGGUGAAUUUGUCAUUUGAAUUAAUUUUUCGUCCUUCAAAUGAUCCAAGUCCUAGUUUAACAUGGUGGGAUAAACUACGAUUUCUUUUUCAUGGUUCAUUGAAAAUGAGCAGUAAACAAAUAUCGAUCGUAUUUCAUGCAUCACUAGAUCCAUAUAAUUCAACCGAAUUGAUUGAAUUUUCAUUCGUUAAUUCAACCACCCAAAUCGAUACUGGUAGAAUUCAGAUUCUAUGCGAUCUGGAUGUAUUUGUUCAUGCUGCAUCGAAAUAUGAUGAAUGUCGAAUCAUUCAUUUGCCUGAUGUGACCAUUACAUUCAAUUUGAAUUGGGAUUGUAGUGGAACUAAAAAUGAUCAUCAUUCAGUAAUGCCAUGUGCACGGGAUAAACUGCCUGAAUAUACCUGUAAUCAGGUACAUGAUUCAUAUCGUGCAUUUAGAUCACACCAUCUCAAUCUUUCAGCAUCGAUUGAAACAAAAGAAUAUGAUAAUACCGAUUCGAAUGAUAAUCUGAUAAAUGAUCAGACCACCGAUCGUAUACCAUGUAUAUUGAUCUAUAAUUCUACACUCAGAUGGUUGGAGAAUAAAAAAUUUAUGAUUACCGGUUUUCCACGAUUAACAAGACGAGGAAAAUUGUACAAGAAUACUCGUCCACGAAAAAUGCCAUUCACAAGAUUAUUCAAAUCGAUUCAAUUGACAAUUUAUCUGCAAAAAUUAGAGGUCACUUAUUGGUCAUCAUUCAAUCGUAAUCGUGGAUUUAAAAUUCGUAGUUCAAAUUUAUCACAUAGUGCUCAACAUGCACAAACAUUCAUUAAGAUUAAUGAUAAUCUUAUCCAUAGGCCAAAACCAUUAUGGGAAACCAUCUACAUGAAUUCAGAAUUAUCCGAAGUUGAUAUUGAAUUAUAUAAAGCACAAGGAACCGGAUCUGUUUCUCUAUUGAAUGUACAAAAAGUAACAUAUAAUCGUGAAACAAAAUUACCACAAACCGUACAAGAAGAAGAUGGUCCUAGUCCUACACAUCGUGUUGUCGUUCACGGUCUAAAAGGUGCAUGGACCAAAGAUAAUCGAGACAUUGUAAUCAGUUUAUUUGAUUCGUAUUUCAAAACACAACUACUAAAACGUAAUCUUUCGACUGAAGCACUUCGUUUAUUCAAAGAUCAAUUGAAUGGUACACCAUCGAAAAAUUCUGGCCAUUCUGAUUAUCACCAUUCCCAUCAUCACCAUCAUCAUCAUCAUCAUCAUCAACAAAACCAUCAACAUUCUAGUCCUUAUGUUUUAUCCAAAGGAAAUGCUGCAAAUAUGUUACAGAAAUUAAUUUCAGAAAGUGAAUCAUCUGAAAACAUUGUCGAUACCGAGCAAAUCGAGAAAGGAAUUAAUGAUCGACAACAAUUGUAUGGUAUUGAAGCAUGUCAAGGUAAUGAUGUUCUUCUUGACAAUUGGCUUAUUGAAUUAGUCAAUUCACAAGUUGUUUUACGUGGUUGUGAAACCGAUGGCUAUGUCAUAGUAAGCGCUGCUAAAGCACAGAUUAUGCAACGGAUACAUAGGCCGGUAUGGAAAAAUCGAAUUCUUUAUUCAAAAACAACAUGGCAAGGAUCAUUGGAAUGUAUGCAAUACUAUGCUACAGUCGAUGCAGGUGGGCUUAAAAUUUAUCAGAUUACGUGGUUAGAUUUGGAUGAUAUCGAAGAACCAAUCAACAAAGAGAUUGCCGAAAUUCCCGAUCUAGUGGGUAGUGGCCGUAGUGUUGGUGGUGUUGUCAAUUCAGAAGCUGGUGGAUCCACUUGUACUGAAUCAAUAAAUACAGUACCAAUUCAGUUACAACGAAUUGUAUCAAGAUGUCGAUGUAAAUUUUUCUAUGCAAGUUAUGGUGAGAAUGCCGAUCCAAAUAAUUAUGAAUCGGUACCACCAUUACCAGCGGAUGAUGAUCUUUUACCUCUUGAACCAUGGGAUCGAGAAGUUGCCGUUGACACGUUUACAUUGACUCAUGAUAAUCUAGAAAUAUCGACAAAUUCUCAACAGUAUGCAAUGAUAAUGGAUCUAGUCAACAAUUUGUUGCUCUAUGUAGAACCACAUAAGAAAGAAAUUUAUGAAAAACAACAACGAAUCCGAUUUAGUAUGCAAUUGAAUUCAUUGGAAGAACAACGUGAACCGAUAUCCGAGUUACAAGAAAAAGUACGUUCUUUAUUAAACAAGAUAAAAUUACUUGAAAAAGAAAGCUUUAUUCUAUACAAGAAAAUCAAUCAUCCUCAUCAAGAAGAAUGGAGGAAAUUGGAAAUCGAAUCUGAAUUGGAAAAAUGUAAACGUGAAUUGAAUGUUGAAAGUGAAAAUCUAAGCAUUAUGAUCAAUUGCUAUAAAGAAGCACAAUUGAUUGCAAUGAAAACUAAAGAAAGACAGGUGGCCGCACAAGAAUCUCGUGUACCAUUCAUGGCCCAAGUAAUUCGACGUAAUGAAGUUUGUUUUCGACAAGCUCGUUGGCGUUUGACCGAUUCGGAUGGGCAGCUUGGUCUGGCUGAUCUUGAAUUGAAUAAUUUCCUUUAUACCAAAGUCAGCAAAAAUGAUGAUUCUGUUGAACAUUCAUUUGAAUUGGGUUACAUACGUGUGCAGAAUAUGAUACCAAAUCAAGCCUAUAGAGACGUAUUACAACCGACUGAACUUCAACCAAACAUGCCAGUCGAUCGUAAUCGAGCUCUGCGAAUUCUUUGUAUUGAACGAGCACCUGUUGGUGGCAUAGCCGUUAAAGAGCAUUUAGAAGUAAAUGUCAUCCCAUUGACUGUUGGUCUUACUUAUGCAUUUUUCAAGAAAAUGUUAAAAUUUUUCUUUCCCGAUCGAAAUUCCGAUACUGUUUCGGUUUCAACAGUAUCCACAUCGUCACAACAAGAUUCAAACGAUGCAAUCGCACAGGAUACAGAUUCGGUUUCGAUGAUAAGUUCAUCCACAUCGUUAUCAUCAUCAAAAGCGAAAACGAAGAAAAAUUCUGCUCAUCAUCAUCAUCAUCAUUUGAAACGAGAUGAAAGUAUGGCUAGUCUUACAACAUCACUUUCAUCGUAUAAUUUUCCUAUGAUAAACAAUUCAAAAAUGGUCAAAGAAAUUACACAUAUUGAAAAGAUGCGUGAACGAGCAUCGAAAAAUCAGACAUUUGUCUAUAUUAAAAUACCUGAAGUACCGAUCAAAAUUAGCUACAAAGGUAACAAAAAUAAGAAUCUUUCUGAUCUACAUGAUGUUUAUCUGUUAAUACCGACGAUUGAAUAUCAUAAUCGAACAUGGACAUGGCUUGAUCUAUUGAUGGCAUUGAAAAAUGAUUCGAAACGUGUACUUUUAUCACAAGCAUUGAAACAUAAAUUUCAUAUAUCAAAAUCUAAACCUCUACUUGAACCGGAAAAGAAACCAAGUCAAGUGGCUAAUAAUCAGAAUACAGAAGAUGAGGAUAAAGCUCGAAUUCUAUUAGGCAACAUAGUUGUUCCACAGCAGAAAAAUUCUCGCACUAAAUCGCUGUUAUCGUUUGGUGGUAAAAAGUGAUUUUGUUAAACAUUUCCUGUUUUUUUUUUUAAUUAAUCAAGUAACAAAUUAAAAAAAUGAACUAAUGAAUAUUCUCAAACAUCGG